AUGGAGAAAUACGUUCACGACGAAACAAAAUACUUCAACCUCUCGGGCCGAGCAUGUCUCAAGAGAUUUUCAGAUCCGUUCGGCCCGACGCCCAACCUCUUCGUCGUGGUCGACGAUGGCGGAUCACUUGAUUACAGCCUCCUCGAGUUCAAAGCUAUGGGGGCUGGUGAGAACGGAGCCAUCGAAUUCGAUAGUCAAACCUGGAUUUGCUCGUCGGGCACAGUCAAUGGCUGCGAAUCGGCGAUGCCAUAUACUUUGGAUCCGAAGAACCCGUUCUGUGGAUAUCCCAGGGACUUCUCGGACGAGCGGAUCGCACACUGGAACAAGUAUGGCUAUCAUGUCCUCUAUUGCCUUGCCCUGAGAAAUGAUGGGAAUUAUUGUUCGGUCCAGUUCUGGCCGUUGAUCGUGCUGAUUAUUUGCAUCUGCAACGUCGUCAAAUGGAGCUGCAUUCUAUUUUGUCUGAUCCGAUCAGAGAAAGAUGCAACGCUAUGCACCCUGGGCGAUGCGAUAUCGUGUUUCCUGCAGAACCCGACGGCGACCAGCUGGAAGCGGAAUGUUGCAACUGCCGUUUUGUGA